GUGUGGAAGGGAGGCACCUCUAUACCACUGAGAGUAAUCGAUGACCUCAGAGUUACCCCAGUUAAAGCUUGUCGUAAACGGUGUGAAUUAUAGUCUGGUGGGUAUCCUUGGCAACACUUCAAAUGUAUGACGAUGCCUGGCCGUGUCCUACAGCUCUUUUGAGUGUGUCUGAACUUGUAAAUAUUCACUGUGUGUAGGCUAAUUAUACAGUAACACUGAUGUAAUUCCCAUAUGUUURCCCUCUCAGCUCAGACAAAGCUGUUAAGCCAGAAGCUGGCAUUAGCAGAGAUGAGGGUCACAAGAACAUCACCUCAGAUGAAUCAGAGGUGUUCCAAAUGCCACCUACCCCAGAGCCCACARCCCAGUCUCCUGAAUCACUUCUAAAGGAGACAAUUGUAGGGGAGGGUAAAGACGGUGAACCAUCAACUUCACCGUCUACACCCCCUCUGCACCUCCCCACGAAGGUGUUCAGAAGCUCCACCAUGAAGCGCUCAUUGCAGAUAGACACGCUUGUGUCAUUGGAAGCAGCCAUUUCUCCAGCCGGAGAGUCCGAUUUMAACGAAGAGGACCCAUGCGAUAUGAAGCGUCCUCCCAGCACGGGGGCUGUAGAGGCAGAGAAGCCUCUAUGGGCUGCUUUAGAGGAGAAAACUAGAGGAGAAARGGAGAAAGGGACAGAGGGAGUAGGCAUGAGCACAUUGGAGGCAACCAAGAGUACCUUGCAAAUGGGCCCAUCUGGACAGGGAUCUGUAGCAGAGAUCCACUUGACUGAGUACCUAGAGGACACUCCCCUCCCAUCUCCCUCCAAGGAAAAUAGAGAAACMGACAUUUACUUUGACUGUGACAGUUCAGUGGAAUUGUACACGCCGUCAAAGGAGGAGGCCCCCAUUCGCCUUCCUAAGAAGAAGARGAAAUUAUACCUGGGAAAAUGUGCUGUUGUCAACACUGAGAGUGAAGAAGGCGAAAGUGAGUCUGGUUCCUCCGUGGUCGGCCCAGGACAAGCCGACAAUGAGCAGCAGCUAGAUCCGGUGUGGAGGAAAAGUUCAGUGGACGCAUCAGAUUYAAGUACAAGAGAGGAGUUGGAAGACGAGCAGGUUUUGGACAGGCUGGAGCAGGUUCCCGUAGCUGUACAGGAGGAGGGUCUUGAUGUUGAUGUCUUCAUGAGAGCAUUAGUGGGGGCCCUGUACAGAGGUUAUGAGACUGUGACUUCCGUACUUCAGCCAUCUGGCCUAAUGAUGUCUAAUGAUGCGGUAGGAGAACCAGACUCAAGACCACUUUCUCCAUCUGAGUUUGAGAUCCUACCACCUGAAGCCUUUUCUGAUGCAUUGGAGGAACUCCCAGUCAUGGUCACAGACUCAUCACCGGUCCAGUUGACCCACAAGAAUGAAACAACUGAAGAGACUGGCAGGCUAAGCUUAGUGGAGACUUUGUGUUUAGCUGCUGUGGAGCAAGAGAUGUUCAAGGACCCAAUCACCAAAAUUGAGCAAGAGGUCAAACCUCUGAAGGAGUCCACCAAACCACAUAAAGAGACUACCAAACCACUGAAGGAGAGCACAGAACCACUGAAGAAGAGCACAGAACCACUGAAGAAAAGCACAGACCCACUAAAGGAGAGCACAGAACCACUAAAGGAGAGCACAGAACCACUGAAGGAGAGCACAGAACCACUGAAGGAGAGCACAGAACCACUGAAGGAGAGCACAGAACCACUGAAGGAGAGCACAGAACCACUGAAGGAGAGCACAGAACCACUGAAGGAGACACAGAACCACUGAAGGAGAGCACAGACCCACUGAAGGAGAGCACAGAACCACUGAAGGAGACGAAUACUGUGAAGGGUAAACCAGAGAAGGAUGUACGUCCACCUGUGUUACCACCUGUAGAAAACGAAAAGGAUGCAAAAAGCUGUACAGAUGAUUUCCCACCACUGAGAGAAGCAGAGCUGGAUGAAAUAGCUUAUGAGGUGUGCUUGGAAGACAAUGACGACGACGACGCCACCCCCAUCGUUAACUACACUAAAGCCCGUAAAGAGACGAUCAAGGGAAAGACCAAGACCGUG